AUGGAACUGAUGAAGGAGAAGUUCGCGAAGUUGCUCUUGGGUGAGGAUAUGUCGGGUGGAGGAAAGGGAGUUUCAUCAGCUCUAGCAUUGUCAAAUGCAAUCACAAACCUAGCAGCUUCUGUCUUCGGAGAGCAAAAGCGAUUAGAGCCCAUGUCACCAGAGAUGAGAGCAAGGUGGAGAAAGGAAAUUGAUUGGCUCUUGUCUGUCACAGAUCACAUUGUUGAGUUUGUUCCUUCCAAACAAGUGUCUAAAGAUGGAACUAACAUGGAGGUUAUGGUUACAAGGCAGCGAAAUGACCUUCAUAUGAAUAUUCCUGCCUUGCGAAAGCUCGACGCAAUGCUUAUUGAUUGCCUAGACAACUUUAAAGAUCAAAACGAAUUCUACUAUGUGUCUAAAGACUCUGACGAAUCACAGAAGGGGAAAAGUAAUGCUAGGAAGGAUGACAAAUGGUGGAUACCUACUCCUAAAGUUCCGCCUAAUGGCCUCUCUGAUGUUGCAAAGAAAUGGUUGCAGUUUCAGAAGGAGUCAGUCAACCAAGUCCUUAAAGCAGCCAUGGCCAUAAAUGCCCAAGUCCUUUUAGAGAUGGAGAUCCCUGAGAAUUACAUAGAGAAUCUCCCUAAGAAUGGGAGAGCGAGCCUUGGAGAUUCAAUCUACAAGAGUAUAACUGAUGAGCACUUUGAUCCUGAUUAUUUUCUCUCCAUGGUGGACUUAUCAUCAGAACACAAAAUUCUUGACCUCAAGAACAGAAUUGAGGCAUCUGUUGUGAUCUGGAGAAGGAAGAUGACUGCAAAAGAUGGAAAGUCAUCCUGGAGUUCAGGUGUAAGUAUGGAAAAGAGAGAACUCUUCGAAGAUAGAGCUGAGACAAUCUUACUCAUUCUUAAGCAUCGGUUCCCAGGAAUUCCUCAGUCUUCACUUGACAUUAGCAAAAUCCAAUAUAACAGAGAUGUGGGGCAAGCCAUUCUGGAAAGCUAUUCAAGAAUAAUAGAGAGCCUGGCAUUUACUGUCAUGUCACGAAUAGAAGAUGUUCUUCAUGCUGAUUCUCUUGCAAAAAAUCCAUCUGCUGGAGAACCAAAAAAAACCCUAAAGAAGGAAACAAUAACUUUGGAGAGCAUCCCCAGUGCUAAAGAAGAAGCAGACAAACUAAAUUCAGCAGAGACACCAACAUCAAAGACACUUCUAGAUUUCAUGGGUUGGUCACUGGAUCAAGGAGAGACCGAAGUAAAGAAAGACGUGAAGGAAGAGGUGUCCAAAGACAACGAUUUGAAGAUUUUGAGCAAACCACCAAAUAUUGCCACCAACAAGAAAAUUUCUUACAUAGAGAGACUAGAGCACUUGGGUGGUUCUAGAAGUCCAACAGCGCGUCACUAACCAAAUUUUGUCCCAGAUACCAAAUUAACUUACAUUAUUAGAGGCAAGGACUGACCAGCAGAACUCUUCUCGAAUGUGAACAGCAUUGGACGUUUAUAUUCAGACGAAUUAAAGCCAUAUAGGAUUUGAUACAUUUUUCCUUUGUAAAUAUGGAAAAGCCACUAGAGCUACUGGCUUCAAAACACAUUGGCUAUGCUCACUCUGUAGAUGAGAUCAGUUUGUUAAAAUAUUUUGGUCUUGUAAUUUCUAACAUUUCAGUCAUACUUUCCGGCUUCAUGACUCCAAUCCAGAAUAACAGGACUGCAAUGAGUAUCUGCAAUUUGCAUUUUCCAAGGAACAACCCUCACCCUGUCAGUUUAAAUCUAC